AUGAAGCAAAAACGAAAAGAACUGACUGAAAGUGAACGAAGUCAAGAAAUAAAACCUCCUGCUCGAAGCGGAAGACCACCUACUUUAACUAAACGUGACACGCGACAUUUAUUUCGUAUUAUCAAAAAUGAUAAAAAAGUUACUUUAAAUGUUUUACAAAAUGAAUUUUUGCAAUCUACAUCCAUUGAAGUUUCUACACGUACUAUACAACGGUAUAUUCAUAUUGAAGAUAUUUUUGCCUAG